CGCCUUUACACCUACCCCCACGGCUGUACAGCUUUCGCAGCCGACCACCUCCUCUUCCACCCGGUCCGGCUGCUGCAGCGUCUGUAACCGAAAAAAAAUUUAUGAAAAAAUAAAUUAAAAACCCCCUCCCCGAAAUCCGUUAGUCGUUUCCUAUUUGCCCGUUGUUUUUUUUUUACUGCGGGUAUACACAAAACGAAGCAGUUUUACGUGGGAAGACGGAUGUCCGUUGUUGUCAGUUAUUGCCGAAAAAACGUAUCUGUACACCGGCAGAGGGUGCUGUUGGACGGCCACAAUACUCUGCACACGUCGCAAUGCAUUUAUUUAAGUCAAUCAUCACAUACGUUUGUAGUGGUAGUCGUUUAUUAUCAUUUCCCUGGGCGCGCGGUCAUUUGUCGUGCCGUCGUCGUUAUUCGCGUCACCGCCACUCGGCCGCGGUCGACAAUUGAUCCGGACGUCGCAGGGACACGUCACGGCUUCUCCACGACAUCGGUACGUAACAACAACACUCAUAACAAUAAUAACAAAUAACAACAACAACAACAACAACAACAACAACAAUAAUAACAACGAAGACACGCGACGACGACGACAACAAUAAAAUACGGGUUACACGUGUACCGUACAACGAUCCCGGUGGUGGAAUUAGAUGGUAGGCAAGUCGCGAUGGCAGAUGUGCAAAUGGAUAUUUACGAGGAUAUGUUCAAAGAGAUUACGAAAAAAAUUUACGGACAAGACACAUCGUCGUCCGAGGACAGGCAGUUUGCUGGCCAAGACGCGUACAAAAUGGUAGAAGAGGGCCUGAGCAUGAUCGACAACGAUGAGGCUGAGUCGUUUGGCGAACAAUCCCAGCCCGAGGACGACCCUUGGGUAACCAGUGACGAAACAAUCGCGUGGACUACGUCGAAAAUCGGCAGUUACAACGUGGACAAGAAACUGUUCAAGUGUCAGGAGUGCGACUCCAUGGGCCUUCUAUCCAGUGUGGCCGAACACUGGCUAGGUACGCACGCAGACGUCAAGGUGUUCCAGUGUCCACAGUGUCCGUACGCGAGCGCGUACACAAAGUGCAUCCGCUUGCACUUGGCCCGACAACAUAACGUGGUGGCCGAACACGGGACGCAUCAACAGGCUGGCCGGAAAUCGUGGAAGGAGAGUCCGGUGCUCGAAGAGGUCACCAGCUACCUGGGCCGGUUGAAGGCGGCGGCAGAUAAAGCAAUAGCCACCGCCGCCACUGCUGCAGCGGCCGCCGCCGUAGCAGCACUUGCCGAAUCGGAAGCCGCCGAUGACGAAAUGCGACUAAACGCGGCCGACACGGAAACGCAGACCGCUCAGAAGCGGUUUAACUGCGCCCACUGUCCGUACGCCACUGACCGGCGGGACCUGUAUACCAGACACGAGAACAUACACAAGGAAGACAAACCUUUCCAGUGCGACAUAUGUCAGAAGCAGUUCAACCGGGCAGACCACGUCAAGAAACACUACACGCGCAUGCAUAGAGAACACGAGUACUGCUUGAGCCGGGUGAAACGCGACCCUUUCGGUAAGUCUGCAGCCGCAGUCACGGCUCACCAUCAACAUCACCUGCAGAGGGUGACGCUGUACUCGGGCGAUCCACCGCCGCUGGAAUCGGAAACGCAGAUCAUCGUGUCACGGACGAUCGACGAACAGCCACUGCCCCCGGUGCCGAUUAUUGCAGUUAACAAUCCCCUCGUGUUGGAUGACCAACAACAGCAGCAGCAGCAACAGCAACAACAGCAGCAACAACAGCAGCAACAGCAGCAGCAGCAACAGCAGCAACAGCAGCAACAACAGCAACAACAGCAACAACAGCAACAGCAGACGGUCGUCAACAUCGCCGUGGUAAAUUUUAACGAACAGACCGGCACACACACUAUACAAAUACCGAUACCAGCUAAUCAGAUAAAACCGGUGAUGUUUGCGCCUGACACCAUUUUGGCAGUUGACUCGGUGGUGCCAACGAGUACGGCGGCGAUGACCAAACCGAAGCGCAAGGGCAGCCGGAAAAACUUCGAGAAACGGUAUUGCUGCACGUUUUGCCCGUGGUCGGGCGUCGACAAUUGGUGCUUAAAACGGCACCUCAACACCCACAUGAAACCCUACGAAUGCGUGUUCUGCGAAUACAAAGCGGCCCGGGCCGAACGGUUGGCUACCCACGUGUUCAAAGUGCACAGCAAACGAAUGUGCUGCCGGUGUUCGUACAUUGCUCAGGACCAAGACGACUUGUACGCCCAUCAGUCCGAAAACAAUCACAAAAGCGUUAGGUCUCGUCGUACACAGACAUCGCCUAUCCCGUCGUCGCCCGAACAAUCCGAGGAGACUGCUGAUAAAAAUGACGUAAUCGUCGUUUGGCCAAUGGCGGGCGUGACGGAUUCUCAGAGUUCUAUUCAAAUUUAAUGGUUAAUUGAAUCGAUGUGCCAAAACGAAUAUUAUUACCUAAUCGUAGUUACAGGGAUGAAACAAACAAUACAUCGAUAGGCAUUGAGACGCAUAAGAUACGCCUAAUAAACCUCAAUCGAGAUUAUUUAGGACAAAUACUUACAUCGAGUCUUAAUUAUAUUUGCAUUGUUAAUUUUUAAAACGGUACAUGAUAGUAAUAUAAGGACCCACGUAUUACAUUUUAAUAACUUCUAGAAGAAAAAAAUGUAUCAUACGCAGAGGUACGUUAUUAUUAUACAUAUUAUAUAGGAUAAGCCGGAUAAGGUAUAUAUUCAAUUUACUUAUUUUAUGUACCUAUUUUGACAUUCGAGUAGCAUCUUAAGUAAACCUUUACAUAUACCUUGUAAUGUAAUCAUACAACGUAGGUUUACACAAUUAUUAUUUAUAGGUAGGUAAGUACUAUAUUAUUUUAAUUCUCUCGUGGUUGCCGAACGCGUCUGGCUUCCGGAUCGACUAGAAAUAGACGGAUAGUAAGGAUUUCGAAUUAAAUCAGCGUUUCUACGUACUAAACCUACCACGAGUCUUAUGUUGUUGGCUUAGAUUAAAUCUCAUAAAUUUUGAGUAUAAAUCGGCCCACCCAACUACUAAUUUUUAGUUAUUAUCUAUUACUUAAUACGACUCACGUACCUACCUACCUAUUAUACUAUAACAGCACCUAAGACUUAUUAUUAGCACAAUUUCAUUAUAUACCUAGGUAUAGGUUAUUAGGUUAAGAUUCAUCUUAAUUUUUAUGGUCGGGGUACAUAUGGAAAUAUUGUAUGAUCAAAAAGUAGGUAACGGUAUAAAAAUAAUAAAUACAGAAAUUAUACUAAACAAAAUAAAAUUUCGAAGAAAAAAUUGCGGUUGAAACCCUUCCCUCCGACUUUGUCCAUAAACCCACUUACAAUAUUUGUGUCCUGAAUUCAAUGUCCAUAACCAAACAGAAAAUAAUAAAUUUAAUUGCCUAUAUUCAGAUUAUUAAUUAGCUAAUAAGAUAUUGUUCCAUUAAUUUUUAUACUUAUAUUUUAUUGUUAAAGAUUGUUGUAACAUUGGUUGUUAAGCUUAAAGUAAAUCAUAUUAUAAUUAUAUUAUUAGUUACAAUUUAUAUCUAUUUUGUUGAAAAUUAUGUUUUGAAAAUUUCUCGCAGGGUCUUUUUUGUCACCAUUUUGAUAUUUUAAGAUUCAAACUAAUAAACAAAUGAUUUUACACAACUCUCAUUAACUUUUGUCUAUUCGUAAGUAGAUAGGUAACUAACUACAUUUCUUUAAUUGUUGUAAAAAAAUUACAUAAGUAUUUAAAAACGUACUGUAAUGUAGAUAGUUAUAUAGGUACUAAGUAGGUACCUAUUGGCUAUUUAGGUAGGUACAUGAAAUUACAUUAACUAUCUGUCUACCUCCAUUGCCAUUUGUCAGGGACCUAUAUUGAUUUGAUAUGCCAAAUUUAAAAUUCAAAAAUUUUAUAGUAUGAUUUACAAAUAAUUUGCAUAUAUACCUACUAUAAUUAAGCCACGGGUGCAAUUUUACAAGAAAGAUAUUUAAGUAGGUAAAUAUGCUUCAGUGAACACUAUUUAGAGCAGUACAAGUGCUCCAAGGCGUUCAUAAUGUGUUAACUUAUAAGGAUCCAUUGGUUGAAUAUUAGACAAACAUGCAGGUGAUUAUAAAAUAAAAUCUGCCCACAAUGAACAAUUCCAAAUACCUACGAUUAAGAUGGUAAAUAUAGUAACAUUUUCCAAAAAAAUUGUCAUUGGAUCAUUUUUUAUUGAUUUUUAAUAUUUAGGAAAGAAUAAAUGAUAUUUUUAUUUAUACCUUGUAGGCAGAUUUAUUAACUCGAAUCACUCAAAAUCUAAAAUUGAUAAAAAUAGUCAAAUUUGCUUUUAAAUUUUCAUGAAUUCACUAUUUGCAAAUUACAAAACCUAUUAUGAUAGAAUAGAUAUAAUAAUUCCUAAUAAAUAAAUUGUGAUUAUAUACGGACUAUUUAAAUUGAGUAUUAUACUAUAUUUAUACUUGCACAUUUAUUAUUAUUUGUCAACAGAAUAUUUUUCAAAUUUCUUUACUUUUCUGCUAUAGUAGUGGAAAUACAUCCAUCCUCUAUUGGUUUUUAGAACAUGAUAAAACACCAACCAGGGUGGCUUAACCACCUUAACAGAGGCCUAUAAAUGUACAAAGAUUGUCCGGAUAUUUUAUGCUAGGUAGUAGAUAUAUGUGUUCUGUUGUCUUAAUGGAGUACAUUCUAUAAACGUACACAUUUUGAACAUAUUAAAAAGUCAAAGUAUUGCAUUAUUGCCAUUAUUCAUAAUAUUAAAUUAUUAAUUAAUUAUAAGUAUAGCAAAAUGUCAAGUAAAUAGAAAUUAUCAACAUAUAAAGCAAAUUUCUCAAUAUUUUCAACAUCAUCCAAUAUUUGAAAUUUAAAUUAAAUUUAUUCUUUAUAUUAUAAAAGAUUAUCAUUGAUCAAAUUGAAUAUUUAACAAUUAAGUCGUACAAUAAAGUUUGUAUAAUCAUUGUAUAAUUUAUAUAUAAACUUAACUUUACUAUAACAACUUCCUAUUUUUAAUUAUUUACAACAAACAAUAUAGUACUUAAAAAUAAUAUGUAUUAAUGUAUAAAAAUGAUUUUUUUUGUGUAAGAUGCAUUUAUUGUUGAUUAAAAUACUAAAUAUUUUUCAUGAAAUCAAAAAUAUUUAGAGUUUUGAAUAAAUCCAUCCAAUUCAUUUUAACAUAUUUUUAAAUACUUCCUAUUUGUUAAUAUUGUAAUGAUAAACUAUUCAAAUUUUAA